CUUUUGCACCAGGAAGGAUUGACAGAACCUUGACUCUGGGUGAGGGAGCUUCCAACUUCCACCAAGAAUGGGAAUUAUGCAAAGAUGGUAGGAUUCAAGCUAAUGAGCUGUGCAGGAUAUGCAGGCAACCUGUUUCUGUAUAGCUCUGACAGCAGUAUUAAAAGUCUGCUUGUUCUUCAGCUCCCAUGGUUCACUGCUGGCAUCCUAGCUUACCUUGUAAAAGGACAAUUGUUUUCUACUGAUGUGAGGGACCACAAACUGUUUAAUCUGAAGCACAGGCAGACAGGACUGAAAUGUAAGAUUAGAAUAAGACAAACACUUGGUGGGAACAUAGUAGCUGUAACAUAAAUAUAUGUGAGUCCAAGCUUUGAUAUUUCUCCUUAUCCUUGUUGUUUAUUUGUUCUCAUGAUUAAACUUGAAAACCUUUAGAACAAGACAUCUGAAGUGGUAUAAAUUAACUUUUGAACUGUUUUGGACUCUUCAGCAAAUCUAAAAAUCGUCUGUUGUGCAUAACAAAGUGUAAACAAUAAAUUUGUCAAAUAUUAGAAGCUAUUCAAGUGCUUGCAGUGGGGAUUUGAAAUUGAGUGUGAGGUGGAUAACCAAGAUUCUUCUGUCGGUCUGGCUGAAGGGUGAGAAGACUCCCCAGAAAACAAUGGAAGAGUGAACGGUGAGUCUUAGGUAGGCUUAUGCCAUUGUUGUGAGAUGUUGAGAGAUGAGGUCUCUGCUAAAAAUGUUAUUAAAAUAGCCAUGGAGAAGGAACAAAAAGAAAACAAGGUUGUUCUCUCUGUCAAAUGGUAUUUAGUCAUGGGAACUUGAUGUCACAUUGACUCAACAAGGUUAGGAUACUCAGAAUGUUCAGGUGGCUGCAUCUUCUAGCAGACACCUUUCAGGUUAUCUGGGCUGCCACAGCAGCAAGGGACUAUUGUCCCUCUUGCAUUAAUGAAGCUUUUGUUAUUGUUGAUGUUGUUCUGCUUUGCCAUCUGUGUUAAAAGGAAUAGUUUUGCCUUGGCAUUUUGUUCAGCAGUACCUAGUGAGUGAUUAAAUACACAAAAUGCUGUUCCAUUAUGUAUGGCGAGUCUUAAACCCAGGGUGGGUUUCCAGCACCCCACAGUUAUUGAGGCAUACCUAAACAAUCCAAUAGCCCUUUCCAGGUCAGGCUGGCUGUAGCAUGUAUGUCUGUGGAAAAAGUGCCUGGUAGGGGUCUUACUGGCCAGAAAAGUACUGUGGGUGGCCACAGCAGGGGAGGGAUUUUUCCUCAUGACCUUCUGAAUGCUAAGGGAGUUACAGUGAUUUUUCCUUAGCUCUUAGUUACUGCAGCAGAAACAGCUAGGACAGGAUUCUGCUCUACAAGAUUUCUGUUCUACAUUUUUACAGCAUUUUUACAGUUCACUUGUUAUAAACAAGUAAAUACUUAUUUUUUAAAAAAAAGUGAUUAAGUGCAAAUAUCUGUCUGACAUGUCUGUGAUCUGUUCCCUGCUGCUGAGAACUGUGGUUAGUUCUGCUGUCUUGCUCUGUUUGCUGAAAGUGAAUUGUGGUGUGAAAAUGAUGGUAGAACUUAAAAAUGGUUUUUUUAGACCUUCUUUUGCUCAAGUGUUAUUUCUUUUCUUGCAUACGUAUUGUUUCUGUGGCUCAAAGAAUGUGCAGUUGAUCCCUUCAUGCAUCCCCAUUGCAUGUCAUGUGGACAAAAAGAAGAGCUAAAGUUGCACUCUUACUGUGGAAAUCCACAGCCCAUUCCACAGAUCAGCAUUUUUACCAGGAUGCUUAUGCUACCAGGACAUUUAUAAUCAUUCAGAUGCAGAGCUUGCUUUGGCAUUUCUACCUUUUUUUACUUUGAUAUGGUCUUACAAGCUCUAGCAUGAACAUAGCUAUGAAGCAGCUGGAGAAUGGAAAAUAUCUGUUAAAAAUCAAAUAUGACAUGUUCAUCCUGGAUAGGAAUGUGCUGCUCAGUUAUACAACUAUCGUUCUGUAUUUAAACUGCAUGUACAAGACUUGUCUUGUUACCUUCUUGGGAGUUCACACUCCGAAGGUUAUUUGACAUUUCCUCAGGCUAUAAAUUAGGGGCACUUGCCUACUGAAGUGUGAUUUAUUAUUUUUAUAAAAAUGCCCAACCCUUACAUCCCAUGUUUUGCUGGAAAGAGGCUUCUUUGUGCACCAAGACUUUAAAUUGUGAGCAGCCAUUUACCUGCUGCUUUCACUUCUUCGGAUCGUGUUGCUCAAGGAUCUCAGUUCACUCCUCUCACCAUGAAGAGUUUUGCUCUCCUUUUCCUAGUUGUGAUCUGUGGCAUGGGAGGAUUGGGACAGAAGCUGAAGCCAAAGAAAAGAAGCAAUGGUGAAGAAAUCAGAUUUCGGACUAAAACCAAAGAUCUUUGCACAAUUGCCAUGAGUGGCGAUGACGAGGAGACGAAACUUAGAAUUGAAUGCAAAAGCCAAGGCAUGUCCUACUGGUGUGAGUUUGCUGGCAAGCCAUCAGUGUGCCGUGCUUUCAGAAAUAACCCGAAGAUUUACUGGAAUCAGAUCGCUGCGGAACUCAGAAAGGUCCCGCAUGCUUGCGAAUCCAUGGAAGUGUUGAAGACCACCAUGUGCCAAAAAGCUCCCCCAGAAGCUCUCAUGAGGCAAAUAGCUGCUGGUGUGGAGCCAGAAGAUCUAGCAAACCAGGAAAAAUCAGUCCGGAAAGCUUCCAUUCCUGUGAGACAAGCGGAGCCAAACUCUGACCCAAGGCAACGUGGUCAUGGGUCUGAAAAUGAAACAGAAGCAAUGAAACUGGCACGGGAACAUUGCUGGGAAUCUCUGCAUGGUGUCUGCUCCUACAUCAUUGGCAUCUUUAGGGGUUAAGGAUUUGCUUCAGGUAAAACUAAUCUGGAAGCACAGUAGAAUAUACCUAAGAAUAAUUCUAUUGUACAGUUAUUUUGAUUUUGGGGAUCUCGGGGAUGUGGACAGGGAGGUGCUAAGCUCAUUUGCUGAAAUCUAACAUUACAAGGCUUAUUUUGUGGCUUUUGAGGGGCUGGGCAGCCUAAAUUUCCAGUGAUCCAUAUUAGUUCAGCCUCCCGUUCAGCCUCCUGUGAGGUCUUCAAUAUGUACUGAGAUGUUUGCCCUAGCUGUUGUUAAUCCUGUGGUAUUUCAGUUCUAACUGUUUGAAUGGGCUAAUUUUUGCCUUCUGUCACUCCUUCCUUAUUGUGCUGACUUCUGGAUUUAUGCCAGGGAAGUAAGAUAAAUAACAUGCAUCAGAUCCAGCCAAAAGCAUCAGUUAGAGCAAACUCCAUUCAGAGGGAAUAAAACUUAUUCAUCAAAGCUUCUGGCUAAUAAUAAAAUAUUUUAAUCUAAAAAAUUAUUUGAUAAAUGCCUUGCAGAAAUGAGUAAACCCAAGUGGGCUGUCUUGGUUUGUGAGUCUGUUACUGUAGAGGCAAUAGGGGUUCACAUGCAGGCACUUGUUUGGUAAGUCUCAGGUUUUCAGGCAGCAUGUAAAAAGGCAAAGCCCUUUAUUGCCAAGUGAUUGGAUUCAUACCCACUUCUGUUCCAGCUCAGAGAAAGCUGGUGAGUGGACCUGGCAAACUUGAAAGAAAUGGGAAUAUGUGCAGUGUGAGCUGGCAGCGUUUAGACUGCUAACGAUAAUUUAUGCCUAAUACAGCAAAGUGACUAAUUCUUUUCUCUUUUUUUUCUGUUUUGCAGAGCAAUGAUAUUACAGCUGAAGAAGGAUCCUUGCUGCAUUGUAAUAAUUUAGACAUAAGAAUGUUGGUUAAAAGUAUGCAAUUUCUAUAAAUCUUUUAGCUGUCUCCUUUUUAAAGAAAAAAAUGAAACUUUUUAACAGCUCUGAAAAAAUUCACAAAGUUGGAGUGACUGUGCUUAAAGUGUUAGCAUGAACUAACUGCCCCUAGCCUUGUUACACACCAAGGUGUUCUGCAUUUAUGUAACCAAGGAUCUGCUUGACCUUGCAUAGGUUUUCGUGUGUACUGACUUGCUUCAGUUUGUUAGAGUUGAAAGCUGUUAAUGAUGAUACAGUUAGUGCAAACAAUAAAAAUAAGA